AUGCUGAGGAGGAUGGAUAUUAGUAAAGAGGAAGAAAAGAAGGUGUUCUUGCUGAUGAAGACCACUCCAGAAAAGGCCCUAGGGCAUCUCCUGGAGCAGGGCUGCCUCACUCAUGGGAGGUCCCGGAGUCCAGCGCUGCCCAUGGGCAGGGGAAUAGGUCCCGCCCCCUCCGUCCCCUCCUCGGCCGGGAAGCCGCAGCUCCGCAUUGCAGGGGUCCCUGAGGGCCGGGGUCGCCGCGCCCCCGCCGGCCCUUCCUUUGUCCCGGCGCGUCUGCGGCAGCCGCGGAGCUCGGCUGCAGGCGGGGCGGCCGCGCGCCGCCCGGUGCACCAGCACCAUCUAGGGGCGAUCCGCUUGGCGGGGGUGGCGCCCGCUUAA